AUGGCCAAUCUGACCAAGACCGACACCGGCACUCGUCACUACUGGGACUAUACAUUUAGAUGGACUGACCUUCAUCACACUUCAGAGCAGCUACGCCCUAUGAUGUUCACUUACGACAAACUUGUCGAUGAAUGUUUGGAGAAGCUGGACGAGAUCUCACCCCUAAAGAACGCACGCCAUUUUGAAAAAACGCAGACAGAAACGGCCACAAAGGCUCCUAAAAGAGACCUGUACACUUUGUUGAAAAUUCACGCCAAAGAUGACCCAAAGUUGGAUCAGCUCUGGACCGAGAUCAAUACUGUUCCUAAAUGGGUUGACUGGGACCAGAUCAAAAGAGGACAGGAAGUGUUCUUCCGAUACGGACUCCCUAUACUGAAUGUGCUUAGCUUCGAAAGUCUUCUAGGCGGCAUGGGCUCUGCUCGCGUUGUUGAGACUCUGGCCCGGACAGGCGGCUUUUCUAUUGAUGUUGUACGACGAAGAUUACUAGAAACCCUACAACAUGUCCUUCAGGUCUCUCUAUCUCUGAAUUCCAUGAAGCCUGGAGGAGACGGCCAUAUCUCCUCAAUUCGCGUGCGAUUGCUUCACGCCUCGGUCCGCAGGAGGAUUCUAAGCAUGGUGAAGCAAAAGCCCGAAUACUAUAAUGUCGAAAAGUUCGGCAUUCCUAUCAACGACCUUGAUUGUAUAGGGACAAUUCACACCUUCUCGUCAAGCGUGGUCUGGCUCGGGCUUCCUCGACAGGGGAUCUGGCUACGCGACCAGGAAAUCGACGACUAUCUCGCGCUCUGGCGACUAGUAGCACAUUACAUGGGAACGCCUACUCAUUCUUUACAGUCAAGAGCUACCAGUCGAGCCAUGAUGGAAUCUCUUCUUGUAUCGGAGAUCAACCCCACAGACAUUGGCAAGAUUCUCGCACAGAAUAUCAUUCUCGGUCUGGAGAAUACUGCGCCCAUAUAUGCUUCAAAAGAAUUCAUGGAGGCUAUGGCUAGACGCCUCAACGGUAAUAAGCUGUCUGAUAAGCUUGACCUUCCCCGGCCGAGUAUCUACUACCAAGCGCUCGUAUAUGGGUACUGCUUUGUCGUCAUGGGAUUAUGCUACGGACUCCGACUGUUUCCCAAACUCGAUCAAACCUUUAUUGCGUUCCGCCGGAGACUCUACUAUACUAUCGUCACAGACAAAGAAGAAGGGCUGGGAGGAGAAUCUUAUUUCGAGUUCAAGUAUGUCCCUUUUUACACGCGCACAACACGUCUAGGGAAACGUAAGGAGAUCAAGACUAUCGGGUACGGCAUCGAGGCUUUAGCACAAUUAGGGCUCCUCGCUGCGUUCAUUGCUGCAUUGACACUGUGUGCUGGAACACUUUUUGGUUUGCGAAUCUUCGCGCCGGAAAGUUUAGUACUUGGAAUGUGA